GAAAAAAUCACAAUUAGACCAUAAACAUAUACUUCAACACAGUUUCAAUUCACCAUGAAGGGUUCUUUCAAAGUAUCAAUGUUGUUAGUGAUCACAAUUGUGUCACUACUUAUGUUGUCCGUACCAUCCUCAGAUGCUGCAAUUUCUUGUAGUGCAGUCAUCCAGGAUGUAGCGCCUUGUGUGACUUACCUCAGAAGUGGGAGUGGGUUGCCCCCGGCCGCUUGUUGUACGGGUGCUAAAGCUCUCGCGGCUGCUGCGAAGGCCACUGCUGAUAAACAAGCUGCUUGUGCUUGCCUCAAGUCGGCUUCGGGAAGCAUAAACCCAAAUCCUGGGCUAGCUAAAUCACUUCCUGGAAAUUGUGGGAUCAGUUUGGGUUUCACCAUCUCAGCUAACGUUGAUUGCACCAAAAUCACUUGAAUUCUUGAAGCUAAUGGAUGGGGAUUCCUCUAUUAUGCAUGGAGGAAGAGUUGGUAAUUGCGUCUUGUGUUUUGAGUUACUAAUGCAUUAAUAGUUGAUGUUGUUUAUGUUGGGUUUUCUUAUAAUAAGUGUUGUUUGCAUACUCAUUUGGGGUUAGCAUGCAAUGAGCGAUUUGUACGUGUGCUACAUAAUGUUGUGUAAUAUUAAUGUUUUCGUUUUAAUUUUUAUUAUAUCGAUAUUCAAA